GCCCAUACUAGCAUGCAGACCAUUAAGUGUGUCGUGGUCGGUGACGGAGCCGUCGGAAAGACCUGCGACUCGGCUACCCUGGAGAAGCUGCGCAACGGCGGUCAGUCGCCGAUCACCCGUGAGAUGGGCGAGAAGAUGGCCAAGGAGACUCGUGCCUCCAAGUACCUCGAGUGUUCGGCCCUGACCCAGGAAGGCCUCAAGACCACCUUUGACGAGGCCAUCAUGGCUGCGCUCCUCCCGCCGGUCACCACCAAGGAGAAGAAGUGCGCUUUGCUGUGA